UUAACUUCUCUUCUGUGCACAUGCCUCUCUCAGAGCCUCAUGUGUUGGCAUCAGCUGUCCUCACUGCUGAAUUCAGCAAGGACACCGUUGACAUCAGAGGGAUUCGGUGAAGAAAUGGCCUUUUUCCUCCUCAGUUAUCUCAAAACGACAGAAGACUGAGGAUCUCUCCAAAGAAAUAGACAUUAUCACCUGGUUUCAGCAGUUUCGGACCCUUCUGGAACAUGACAGAACUACAGGAUCAGAUGAGGAGCACAUCUGUCAAUCCGAACAGCUCGAGGAAAGUGAGCCGCACAGAAGACCUCGGCCCCUGUCCCAUCCCCGGACUGGCCCCAUCGGGCGUUCUCCACAUGAGAGUGAAAGAAGGAAGCAAGAUCCGCAAUUUGCUGCACUUUGCCACGGCUCGCAUGCAGGGCGAGGGCAAAGACAGCCUUGGGACAUCGCCCAGACAGGUUGUCUUCACCGGCUCGGGCAGAGGGGUCACCAAGACCAUCACUUGUGCUGAGAUUUUUAAGCGUAAAGUGGGAGGACUCCACCAGGUGUCCAAACUCUACUACAAGACGGUGAAUGAGGUUUGGGAACAUUCCCAGCCUGGCGACACAGGUGUGACUGUGCAGACGACCGUCCCGGCCAUCUGUAUCCUGCUCUCCAAAGACCCUCUAAAUCCUCAGGAGCCUGGCUACCAACCUCCACAAACUCUUACCACAGAGGACAUGUGUGGGACAUGUGGUGGCAUCCACAACCCGCCUCAUGGUCCACCCUCAGCUAAGAGACUCUGCAUGCAAGAAUUUGUAUGCUCCUUCACCUCCUAAACCAGGAAUAUUGUUUUGGGAGCCACUCGUCCAGAAAACUUAAGACCGGAGGCCAGACUUCGCCCUUAAGCAUUAGUCUCAUUUUGUAAAUCCCGUAUAGCAACAACUUCUACAGACAAUAUUUGAUUUUGGUCUAUUUAUUGUGUCAGAGUUACAGGAGCCCUCUGUUGUUUCUUGGAAUCUUCUGCAAAAAUGUGGAUCUCUCAUUAGUUCAAUAGCUUAAAUGAGGACCUAAAAUCGACCCUUAAAAAUGCAGAGGCACACCACCAGCAGAAAUCAUUAAAAAACAAAACUCAAUGGUUGUCAAAAUAGUUGGAUAUGACCUUAAAACAUAAGCAGGCAUGCAUGACUAUAGCUCUUGUCUCAAAGUAGGUGUACUGUCACCACCUGUCACAUCACACCCUGACUUAUUUGGAGCUUUUUUGCUGUUUUCCUGUGUGUAGUCUUUUACUUCUUGUCUUGCAAUCCUAGUUUGGUGGCUUUUCCUCUUUUUGGGUAUUUUCCUGUAGCAGUUUCAUGUCUUCCUUUGAGCGACAUUUCCCGCAUCUACUUUGUUUUGGCAAUCAAGAAUAUUUUAGUUGUUUAAUCCUUCUUUGUGGGGACAUUGUUGAUUGUCAUGUCAUGUUGGGAUGUACAUUGUGGACGCCAUCUUUGCUCUACAGUAAGUCUUUGCUGUCGUCCAGCAUUCUGUUUUUGUUUACUUUGUAGCCAGUUCAGUUUUAAUUUUGUUCUGCAUAGCCUUCCCUAAGCUUCAAUGCCUUUUCUUAGCGGCACUCACCUUUUGUUUAUUUUUGGUUUAAGCAUUAGACACCUUUUUACCUGCACCCUACCUCCCGCUGUUUCCGACAUCUACAAAGCAAUUAGCUACCGGCUGCCACCUACUGAUAUGGAAGAGUAUUACAGGGUUACUCUGCCCAGCUCUAGACAGCACCCACACUCAACAACAACACAUACUUUGCAGACUAUAAGUACUGCUUUGCGAAAAAUAUUUUUAACCCAAAUAGGUGAAAUUGGAUAAAAUCCCACGGCCCAGCAGACUGUAUCUAGUGUGGCGUGGCACAGUGGUUUAAAAACACUGCCUUAAGAAACACCACUAGUAUAUCGAAAUAAGUUGAACAAAUGACUACUGACUGCAUUGGAAGGAAAGCAGCUAAUGUCAUUUAUCACAUUACAAAAAAAUGCCAAAAAAGGAGAGGACUUAAGGGGUGCCUUGAUGAACACCCCAGUCAUGUAUAUCACAGGUUUGGACCCAAGUCUUCUACGUUUGCUCACAAGGUUCAAAUGUCAAUGCAAGGAUCUGCCAAUGUUUUUACAGCAAUCCAAGUUCCUCUUUACAACAGGAGCACUCUAGUGUUUUUCCGGAAUUUGCUCCAAAAAUGUUUGUCUCCCAAAUAUUGAACUGUAUGGUGUCAUUCCUGAGCCAAAUGGACCUGGAUUGGCCCCCAGUUGAAUAGUCCUGUUCUAAUCUAAUGAGGCAAACAAUUUACAGACUGUGGGAUGAAUCCAGACCGUGACUGUUGUAUUUCAUAUGGUGAGAUUAAUAAGAUGAUCAGUACAUUCACAAGGUUUGUUGUGGUUUUUUGUCCUUGUGCUUUGUCAACACUUUAAGUCUGAAGAGUUUCUUAAAAUUCAUAUUAUUACAUUGUUUGAUUUCUGGUAUUAAUCCAUUCCAUUUAAUUACAC